AUGGCCCAGGAACAAACAUCCAUGUUUGAAGAUCUCCCCAUUCACAAGUCUAUCAACAGCUAUUCCAUUUUGGUGAAUGGAGGAUUAAUAAAACGACCCGGCUGGGACGGACAACUUCGUCAGACUGAUACCUUCUCAUUCCCAUUCUUCAAAAUCUCCACGCGACACGCGCAUAUGAUCAACGGUCUUCUGCUAGACCAUGCCUUCCACGGCUUAACAGUCAUUUUCAACAAAAAGGCUACGUUUUUGGAUCUCCUUGAAUGGUUCUUGACGGAACCUUGUGAAGUUGGCAAAAGGCUGGGUGGACAACACCACGCAGACCAGAUGAGGUAUCUUGCGCGAUUGACCGCCUUGAUGUAUGCCCAAGGGCGAAAUAUCACACUUUGUAUCACAAACAAGCCAGUCAGCAACCAUAUUGACAUCGAUAGUUAUAAAAAGCAGAACAAUGCUGCCGCACGGUGGCUUGAGGGCCUUGAGACGAGCCCUGCCGACAAAGAAGAAGCCAAAGACAACCGAGAACAAGGCCCCGAUGCCAAGAUCGAUGCAAACCAACAGGACACAGUCUAUAUACAAGAUGAGGCGAAUGGAGAAAGAGUCAACAUCGAGGAGUACCCUAUUGAGCUUGAUCCAACUGCGAGGUUUGGAGAUGGCUCCCGGGAAGAUCGACUGGUUGCCAUGGUCUACGAACAGCUUGCAGAUCAAUGGGACUCACCGGACCUGGAUCCCAAGAUCCUGUCGCGAGCGCGAGUUACGACCCAAGACGUGAGCGAAUCACUAGUGAUGCUUCAUGUCUGGCUUAUAAACGGGCAAUUGGAUGAAAACAAAGAACUGCCAGGCACAGACAGACAGAAAAGAUUGCUCCUGCGAUAUCAGUCACAACAAUCCCCUAUACUCUUCUGGCUGUUCAUGAAGCAAUUUAGACAUCUGAUUUGGAAGACGGAACUCAAAAGAGGAAAAAGCGGCGAUGGCUUUGCUGGGGAAGGCCCUGAAGAUGAGUUUCUAAAUGAUAUGACAACGCUCGAGCCUCAUGAUUUGAACAUGAAGAUUCAGCAAAUGUCCGGAGGGCAAACCCAAUGGAGCAACUAUUAA